AUGGAAAACAAAGUCAAGAAAACAACUGCACUGGCUCGUGCUAAGAAGAAAGUAUUUCUCUGCUCUAACGAGAUUCCUAUUGGAACUAAUCGAAGGACUGAGAGACACCAGCUGACCUGCCAGCUUUCUUGUACCUUGGCCAGCCUCAAGCAUACCUUCAUUGCCAUCAAGUUCGAUGGCGUGCAGCAUGGCCUGGUGGGAGGGAUCAUCAAGCGCUUCAAGGAGAAGAGGUUCUGCCUGAUGGCCGUGAAGUUCCUUUGGGCUUCUGAGGAACAUCUGAAGCAGCGCUAUGUUGACUGGAAAGACCAUCCUUUCUUCCCGGGGCCGUUGAAGCACUUGAACUCAGGACACAUAGGUGCCAUGGUCUGGGAGGGGCUCAAUUUGGUGAAAAGAGGCCGAGUGAUGUUGCGAGAGACCAAUCCAGCAUAUUCUAAACCAGGCACUAUUCGUGGGGAAUCUUGCAUUCAAGGUGGCAGGAACAUCACUUGUGGCAGCGAUUCAGUGGAGAGUCUAUGGUUUAAGUCAGAAGAACUGGUUGAUUAUAAGUCGCGUGCCCAUGACUGGGGUUAUGAGCAGACGUGGAUAAACCGGAAUCCUUUUUGGCACUACUGAUGGGCUCCCAGACAUAGCUCUUCAUCCCACUGAGUGGAUGGGUC